AGGCUUAAAUUUCCUCCCACCUACCUUCACAUAGUUAAAAACUGGCUUUUGUUGAAUAGUCAUCAACCUGCUUGUUGCCAGAUAAGUUGAAAGCUAGUACUUUGAUACUAGAAUAUAAAGCAGGAAAAUGGAUACUACAAACGAAGAGGGGGAAAAUUCAUCUUCACCGACGUCUGCACAUCCAUUUCGGCUUUUUUCUCUUGCCGAAAUUGAAUAUGCAACCAAAAACUUUGAUGAUGAACUGGUCAUUGGACAGGGUGGAUUUGGAAAGGUAUUCAAAGGUUAUAUUUCAAGUGAAGAAGUUGUAGCCAUCAAACGGUUGGAUUCUAUGUCCGACCAAGGGGAACCCGAGUUUAGAGCUGAAAUCGACAUGCUUUCUAAGUUGCGCCAUUCUCACUUAGUGUCUCUAAUCGGUUAUUGUCAUGAAAAUAACGAGAAGAUCCUCGUUUAUGAAUAUAUGUCCAAUGGAACCCUCUACCAUCAGCUACACAAAGCCGAUACUCCUUUAACUUGGUUGACACGGCUCAACAUAGCCAUAGGUGCGGCACGUGGUUUGGCGUACCUUCACACCAGCAGAGUCAUACAUCGUGACGUGAAAAGUUCAAACAUUCUUUUAGAUGAGAACUGGGCAGCUAUGAUUUCGGAUUUUGGUUUGUCCAAAAUCGGCCCAGAUAAUCAACCAAUUUCUUGCGUUAACGCAAGUGUUAAAGGCACAUUCGGGUAUCUUGAUCCAGAGUAUUUCUAUACUAGAAAAUUGACAAGGAAAUCCGAUGUUUACUCAUACGGGAUUGUAUUAUUCGAAUUGCUAUCUGGAAGGCUUGCUGUAGACGAACGCAAUGAGGAGGACGAAUGUAGUUUGGUAAGGUGGGCUCAAAGAUGUGUCAAAGAAAGAAAAUUAGAUCAAAUCGUUGAUUCUAAUAUCAAGGGAACGAUUUCUGCCAAGUGUUUAAAACGGUUCGCUCAAAUUGCAGAUCGUUGUGUGCACAAUGAUCCGAAAGAACGUCCUUCCAUGACUGAUGUAGUGGCCUCACUUCAGGCUUUAAGUGUACUACAGGAGAAAUCAAACAUCGAGUUAUCAGCGACUACGAGUUUCAGUUGGAUAGUCCCAAAGUAUUUGGUUUACGCAAUAAACCCAAACUUCGACCAAAGUGGAACAGUGAUCAAAGGCAUAAAUAAGUUCAGAUUUGACGAACUGAAACUUGAUACAUGGUUGGGUAAAGGAAGAUACGGAAUGGUUUACAAAGGUUGGGUUGAUAAGACCGAAAUGCCCAUUGCAGUUAAGAUACUUCAUCAAAAGAAACCUUCCAAUCUGGAAACGUUGAAAGAAUUUGUUCAUCCCAAUCUUGUUAAGCUCAUAGGAUACAGUUUCCAAGGUGAACGACUAUGUCUUUCGUAUGAAUUCAUGCAUAAAGGAAACCUUGGGGAUCUCCUUCGUAGCGGAGCUGUAGCACGACUUCCAUUGGUUACAAAGGUGAAAAUUGCAGUAGGAAUUGCUCGAGGGAUUGUUUUCUUGCAGAAGAUACCAUCACAAAAAAGAUGGUCGCGUGUGGGUGAGUCCGGGCUGGACAGACGUAAGAUUUUGCUAGAUGAGGAUUUUACAGCAAAGCUUUCAGAUUAUGAUGUUAGUACAUUGGUAGACGCUGAAUAUAACAUAGCCUAUCCGGAUAUCUAUGGGGCCUUAGAGCUAAAGAGUAAUCUCUCCGGUUAUGAAGUAGUAUUUGUAGAGGUUCUAACCGGGGAAAGAAUCUAUAGUUCUAAUAGACUAGAGAAGAUUGAUCGUUUGUUCCAUCAAUGUGGAAAUGGCUCAUUGCAACAUGUUGCACAGUUGUGUUUUAAAGUCUGCAAUGAAGUUGAUUCGGAAUCAAAGAUGGUAACAAUGUUAAAUGAGCAUGAUGUGUUGAUACGAAGCAGACUGAAACUCUGGUUAAGGAAUACACACAGCUAGCUAGGACUGUUAAUUGUCAAGAUUUGUAUCAUGUUUCUGGGCAACAAAAGUUAUCCAUCAAACCAACUGGUUGACUCAUAUUAGGCAGACUGGGUUGAUCGUCAAAAUUGAAGAAUCACCUAGGCAAAUUGGGUUAGUCCAUGUAAUUAUAAACACUGCAUUGUUUUGUAAUUGUAAUAUAUAAAUGUACUUUUCUUUGCA